UCUCUCUCCCUCCACGCCCUCCACACCCCCCCCCCCUCCGCGCUUCUUCCUCCCAGGAACAAGGCGAGCCAGGGACUCCUUCUCCUGUCUCCUCUCUCCUCUCUCUCUCUCUCUCUCUCUCUCUCCCAAAAACCCUGCUCACCCACCCAAACCCUAGCUCGGAUCAGCCCUUUCCUUCUCCUCGCCCGUCCGAUCCUCGGGAAUCCACUGCCCCUUGGGUUUCCGUGGUCAUGGAUCUGCCUAGCCUCGCGGUUGUUCUCCGGGCCGCGCUUAGCCCCAAUCCGGACGAGAGGAAGGCGGCCGAGGAGAGCCUCAACCAGUUUCAGUAUGCGCCACAGCAUUUGGUGAGGUUGCUGCAGAUCAUAGUAGAUGGUAGUUGUGAUAUGGCUGUGCGCCAAGUUGCCAGCAUUCAUUUCAAGAACUUUGUGGCUAAAAACUGGUUACCUCAUGAACUUGGUGAGCCCCAAAAGAUAUCAGAAAGUGAUAAGCGCAUGGUCCGUGAAAAUAUCCUUGGAUUUAUUGUUCAAGUUCCACCACUGCUGAGAGCUCAGCUUGGUGAAUGUAUUAAAACAAUAAUCCAUGCCGAUUACCCAGAACAGUGGCCUAGUCUUCUUCAGUGGAUAAAGUGCAACUUGCAGUUGCAAGAUCAACAAAUAUUUGGAGCCUUAUAUGUUUUGAGGGUUCUAUCCAGGAAAUAUGAGUUCAAGUCCGAUGAAGAGCGAAUACCACUUUAUCUCAUUGUUGAAGAGACAUUUCCUCACUUACUGAGUAUAUACAACAAACUUGUUGAGAUUGCUAACCCUUCAGUUGAAGUAGCUGAUUUAAUCAAACUCAUAUGCAAAAUAUUCUGGUCGUCAAUAUAUUUGGAGAUUCCAAAGCAACUAUUUGAUCCCAACAUGUUCAAUGCUUGGAUGGUUUUAUUCUUGAAUAUAUUGGAAAGGCCUGUUCCUUUGGAAGGUCAACCAUCUGAUCCAGAGGUUAGGAACUCUUGGGGAUGGUGGAAGGUCAAAAAGUGGACAAUUCACAUCUUAAACCGUUUAUACACUCGGUUUGGGGAUCUAAAACUUCAGAAGCCAGAGAGUAAAGCUUUUGCUCAAAUGUUUCAGAAAAACUAUGCUGGGAAGAUUUUGGAAUGCCACCUACAAUUGCUCAAUGUUAUCCGUACAGGUGGAUAUUUACCUGAUAGAGUUAUCAACCUUAUCCUUCAAUAUCUCAGCAGCAGUAUUCCAAGAAACAACAUGUAUCAAUUGCUGCAGCCACACCUUGACAUUGUUCUUUUUGAGAUAAUUUUUCCACUAAUGUUCAAUGAUAAUGAUCAAAAAUUAUGGAAUGAGGAUCCUCAUGAGUAUGUCAGGAAGGCUAUGGUGAAUAUUAUCGAGGAUCUAUACAGCCCUCGGACUGCUGCCAUGGACUUUGUUAGUGAAUUAGUGAGAAAACGUGGUAAAGGAAACCUCCAUAAGUUCAUUCAGUUCAUUGUGGAGAUUUUAGGAGGUAUUAGAUAUGAUGAGGCAUCUGUUGAGUUUAAACCAUAUCGCCAAAAGGAUGGUGCUCUUCUUGCUAUUGGAACAUUAUGUGAUAAAUUAAAGCAAACUGAGCCCUACAAGUCUGAGCUAGAGCGCAUGUUAGUGCAACAUGCUUUCCCUGAAUUCACGAGCCAUGUUGGUCAUCUUCGAGCAAAGGCAGCAUGGGUUGCAGGGCAGUAUGCUCAUAUCAACUUUCAAGAUCAAAACAACUUUCGGAGGGCAUUUCACUGUGUUGUCUCUGGAUUGCGUGACCCAGAGCUUCCUGUCCGUGUUGAUUCAGUCUUUGCAUUGCGCUCUUUUGUUGAAGCAUGCAAAGAUCUAAAUGAGGUCCGUCCAAUUCUUCCUCAAUUGCUUGAUGAGUUCUUCAAACUCAUGAAUGAAGUUGAAAAUGAGGACCUUGUCUUCACUCUUGAGACUAUUGUGGACAAAUUUGGUGAAGAGAUGGCACCAUAUGCUAUUGGCUUAUGCCAGAAUCUAGCUGCUGCAUUCUGGAGGUGCAUGGAUACAUCUGAAGCAGAUGAGGAGGCUGAUGAUUCAGGUGCUCUGGCAGCUGUUGGUUGUUUGCGUGCCAUAGGCACAAUUCUUGAGUCUGUGAGCAGGCUUCCCCAUCUUUUUGUCCAAAUUGAGCCUACAUUAUUACCUAUAAUGCGAAGAAUGUUGACUACAGAUGGUCAAGAUGUUUUUGAAGAAGUUUUGGAAAUUGUCUCCUACGUGACGUUUUUCUCUCCAACAAUUUCAUUGGAGAUGUGGAGUCUUUGGCCUUUGAUGGUGGAUGCUCUUAAUGAUUGGGCUAUUGAUUACUUUGAAAAUAUUCUUGUUCCACUGGACAACUACAUAUCCAGGGGGACUGCACAUUUUCUAACAUGCAAAGAUCCUGACUACCAGCAAAGCUUGUGGAAUAUACUUUCAUCUAUUAUGUCGGACAAAAACAUUGAAGAUACUGAUAUUGAGCCUGCACCAAAGCUUAUUGAAGUAGUAUUCCAUAAUUGCAAAGGUCAAGUGGAUCAAUGGGUUGAGGCAUAUCUCAGGAUUACAAUUGAUCGAUUGCGACAAGCAGAAAAGCCAUUCUUAAAAUGUUUAUUAAUACAAGUGAUUGCAGAUGCUCUUUAUUACAAUGCCUCCUUGACACUUGGGAUUUUGCAUAAGCUUGGGGUUGCAACAGAAGUUUUCAAUCUCUGGUUCCAGAUGCUACAACAAGUUAAAAAGAGUGGUUUACGUGCUAAUUUUAAAAGAGAACAUGAUAAAAAAGUUUGCUCCCUAGGAUUGACUUCACUUCUUGGCCUCCCUGCGGACCAGUUACCAGGGGAAGCUUUCGAACGUAUCUUUAAAGCAACACUUGAACUACUUGUCUCUUACAAGGAUCAAGUUGCAGAGUCUAUGAAGCAAAAUGAUGUCGAUGAUGAUGAAAUGGAUGGCUUUGAAGCUGAUGAGGAAGAUGAGGAGGAAGAUGAGGAGGACAAGGAAAUGGGAGUUGAUGCUGAGGAUGGAGAUUUAGCAGACAGCCUCAAGCUCCAAAGGCUAGCUGCGGAGGCGAAAGCUUUCCCGUCGAAUGAUGAGGAUGAUGAUUCAGACGAUGAUUUUACUGAUGAUGAAGAGCUGCAAUCACCUAUUGAUGAGGUGGAUCCUUUCAUUUUCUUUGUGGAAACAGUCCAAGUUGUGCAAGCAUCCAAUUCAACUAGGUUCCAGAGCCUAAUGCAGACCUUGGACUUCCACUAUCAAGCACUUGCCAGUGGCAUAGCUCAACAUGCUGAUCAGAGAAGAGUAGAGAUUGAGAAAGAGAAGCUGGGCAGCACUACUACUCAGUGAUGAUUGUUGCUGUAGUGCAGAUUGGAUUUGUCUUGGUAUUCUUGUUGUUUACCGUUUCCUCAGCUGGGGUAGAACUGAUGUAGGUUGCAGAGUUCCAUGUAUUGGUUGGCUCUGUUCUUGAGGACCUACAGUGCCAUGGUCUUCCUGAGGUCUGAUUGUUAGGGCUUGUUCUAGGUUCCUACAAUUUUUGCUUCUCCCAUGUCAGGUGAACCGGAGAUGACAGAUUCAAGGUGAGGAAUCAUCUGUUGUCUAUGGUAGUGCUAUUAGCAUUCUUAUUGAUGGAUGUGACAGCUUCUCCGGUUGAGGUUGUCAUGCCUAAGAGUGCCUGUUGUUUUUUCCUCUUUCUGUUGUUUUCCCCUUUAGAAGUUUACAAGCUUUAUUUCUUUGGAGGAAUUUCCCUUCAUCAGCAGAUCUGUCAAGAGAAUUUUGAUUUAAGCUUUGUAGUUGUCUUUGUUUCAGACUGGGGGUUCUACCGGUAUAGAGUGUAUAUGAUAUGAUUGUUCUAUCAGGUAUACUGAGGACAACAGAGAGGCAUGUGAGAGGCUGUGUUACAUAAUUUUGUGGCGUCAAAAAUAUCUUAUUAGUUGUUGAGGUUCAGGUCGCGACCUGCAUUAGUGGUUGUAUUCAAACCAUCUAUAUUCUUUUAAUGGUCUUGAUAAUUGGAGAUUGGAUUUGUUAAGCUGGGAGUUUUCCUUUUUUCUUUUCAAA